GUGUUAAUUUGUGGUUUAGUCCUAUACGUAGGUUCAAUAAUCUUUUUCAAUGACUCUGAAUGUACAUCUUCUGUUCUUUUCUCCUCCAUAAAAUUCCCAAUUAUAUCAUCAAAUAUUGCACAAACCAAAAAUCCCACAAAUAUUAACCACCUCCUUUUUGGAAUUUUAGGGUCAGAAAAAGCAUGGCACCAUAGAAAAUCCUAUAUUGAAUCUUGGUGGAGACCAAAUAUUACAAGAGGUCAUCUUUUACUAGAUUUUCCUCCUAAAGGUAAUCUUUUACCAUGGUCAAUAAAUUCACCACCUUAUAAAAUAUCCGAUAAUGUUCCAAAAUUAGUUGAAGAAACCAAACAUGUUGAUUCAAGAGUUUUAAGAAUGGUUCAUGGGAUUAUGGAGGUAUUUAGAGAAGAACAUGAAGGGGUAAGAUGGGUAAUUAUGGGGGACGACGACUCAAUAUUUUUUGUAGAUAAUAUGGUUGAUAUUCUUGCACAAUAUGAUCAUACAAAGUAUUAUUAUAUCGGAGGACACUCGGAAUUUAUAUUGUCGAAUUAUUGGUAUUCAUUUCAUGAAGCUUUUGGUGGUGCCGGAAUUAUUUUGAGUUAUCCUUUGGCUAGAGCAUUUGCUAAAAAUAUAAUGUCUUGCCUAAAGAGAUAUUCUCACUUGAAAUCUGCUGAUAGAACUACAAUGCUUUGCAUUUCUGAUAUUGGAGUCAACCUUUCUCCUCUUCAAGGUAUUCAUCAGAUUGAUCUACGUGGUGACAUAUCUGGAUUUUUAUCAUAUCAUCCAAGGUCUUUAUUAAUGUCCCUUCACCAUUUUGACAUGGUUGAUCCAAUUUUUCCCUCAAUGGAUCGUGCCCAAUCUAGUUUCCACCUACAAAAUGCUGCAAAUUAUGAUCAAUCACGUAUGUUACAACAAACUAUAUGCCACAAAAGAUCAAAUAAUUGGACAUUUUCAGUUUCUUGGGGAUAUUCAGCACAUAUUUAUGAGAAAAUUAUGCCUAGAAGUUGGAUUCAAAAUCCUAUUGUAACAUUCAAAACAUGGCAACCAAGUCCUAGUCCACCAUAUUACAUGUUUGAUGUUAGAAGUCCUUCUUUGGAUCCUUGUGAGUCUCCUCAUGUUUUUUUCUUCAAAUCUAUUGAGAAAACUCCAAGAAAUGAAAUUGUUACUACUUAUACUAGAGCAUGGCCUAGACGAAUUGGAGCUUGUUUGUCUUCUGGAAAUUAUUCUGCAGAAUAUAUUUCUGAAAUCCAUGUUUAUUCACCAGCAACAAAACGUAUUGAGAUUGAUAGAUGUGAAUGUUGUGACAUAAUACAUGAGGCUGGAUCCAGUAAGGCUGAUAUCAAGUAUAGGGAGUGUAAAAUAGAUGAGAUAAUAGCUUGAUCGAUUUAUCAAGUUGUUGUAUAAGCAUUUGUGUCGAUUAUUGUCUUCUUUAUUUGUUUUCCCAAACAAUAAUUUUUAGUUAUUUAAUUCAUCACUUGAAA